AUGAUAUCCUCACUUACGAAACGUGGCCGUUUAUAUCCUCCAACAACCGCGAGUGCUGGUGGCGUUCCCAGCAAUGACAUCGACACUCCCAUCUGCGCCGUCUUCAUCUUUCUCUACAUCUGCUUUGCCGCCACGAAUAUGACGAUUUUCCAAAAGAACCGUCGACGAAACCACAAAUUCAUACUCUCUGGCGUCAUGUUUGGUUUCUGCAUGGCACGAGUCACAACUCUUGUUUUGCGUAUUGCCUGGGCGAAUCGAAGCCACAAUGUUCGCCUUGCUAUCGCAGCCAACAUCCUGGUGAAUGCCGGCAUUUUACUCAUCUACAUCAUCAACAUCAUCCUCUCCCAACGUAUCCUACGCGCUAAACAACCGCGGAUUGGAUGGCAUCCGGUUCUGCGAUUCAGCACCAAGAUAUUAUACUGCCUUAUACCUGGAGCAUUGGUCAUGGUCAUUGUGUCGACUGUCGUACAGCUAUACUCUCCUAGUCCACAGGUUCACUCUGCCUGUCGCGAUGUACUGCUCGCCGCCAUUACAUUCCUCUUGGUCUUCACCUGCGUUCCCAUUAUCCAGCUUGCCGCUGCAAUGCUCGUGCCCCGCCAUAACGAUGAAGAGACAUUCGGAGCGGGAAGCAUGAGGGCCAAGGUAUUGAUUGUAACGCUGUCGACUUGUAUGUGUAUUACAAUUGCAGGCUUUAAAGCGGGUUCCCUCUGGAGUCCUCCACGGCAGCUUUCCAACCCGGCCUGGUACCAUUCCAAGGCAUGCUUCUACGCUUUCAACUUUAUGCUAGAGAUCCUUAUUCUCUGCGUUUUGACAUUCAGUCGCAUUGACAAGCGCUUCUACAUUCCCAAUGGAUCUACUAAGCAUGGGGAUUAUAGCCGUACUACAUUAGAAGGGUCCGAGACCAUGAUGUCAAACCUCGGGAUGAAAGCAUAG